AUGGACCAAUUUGACGUUGCAGUCGUUGGGCUCGGAGUCCUCGGAAGUGCUGCAGCAUACUACGCCGCCAAAAAGGGUGCCAAGGUCAUUGCUUUCGAACAAUUUGAAUUUGGCCAUGUUCACGGAGCUUCUCAUGAUACGUCACGCAUCGUUCGAACCUCGAAUUUCACCCCCGAAUAUGUUGCACUUGCCAAAUCAGCAUACAAGGACUGGGCCGAGCUUGAAAAAUCUGCUGGCCAAAAGUUGUUGACCAUCACGGGAGGCGUGGUGUUUUUCCCUGAGGAGCCGAACACGCCCGCUCUGGCGACUGAGUUCACCAAGAGCCUCGACACAAACGACGUACCCUAUGAGCUUCUAGAUUCUCAAGAAGUGAAAAGCCGAUGGCCACAGUUUCAGAUCCCUGAAAACGUAUCUACGGUCUACACAGCUGACACCGGCAUUGCCCAUGCUUCUCGGACAGUGAGCACCUUCCAGGCACUAGCACGCGCCCAUGGGGCUAUUCUCAGGGAUCAAACCCGAGUGGACCGCGUGGUACCUAAGGCUUCAGGUACUGGCGGGGUUGUGAUCAAGACAUCCAAUGGACAGUUUCAAGCUGCAAAGGUCGUCCUCGCGACCGAUGCGUGGAUCAAUAAACUACUGAGUCCCUUGGGCACACACAUCCCAGUGUCCGUGAUGCAGGAGCAGGUGACAUAUUUCAAGCCCACCGAUGCAGCAAAUUUCGAGUCUGAUCGUUUCCCCGUCUGGAUCUGGAAUGGCGCAACGUGCUACUAUGGAUUUCCAUGUUAUGGAGAGCCGACUAUCAAGGCCGCACGAGAUACUUCAAACAAUUUCAUGACACCAGAGCAGCGAACAUAUGUCCACUCGCCACACCUGCUCAAUCAACUAUCGGGCUUCCUAGAAAACUUCAUUCCGGACAAAGCACGCCAACCACUUCGUACGAUCACUUGUCAAUACACGAUCACACCAGACCGACAGUUCGUCAUUAGCCCCCUUGAAAACCACCCUGACAUCAUUGUGGGUUUGGGUGCAGCUCAUGCUUUUAAGUUUGCACCUGCAUUUGGUCGUGUACUAGCUGAACUUGCGGUGGAUGGUACUACGAAGGAAGACAUCUCUAAGUUCGGCAUCCCGACAGCCGCCACUUACAGCAGCAAGCUUUAA